GCUUGCUUGCUUGCUAUCAGACCUCCCCCUCUCCCCACCCCCACUCUCUCUCUCUCUUUUUGUUGAUUUUGUCGUUGGCUUUGACGCUUUUUCAACAUGCCUCAGAACGAGUAUAUCGAACGCUGGACGAAACAGCACGGUAAGCGUCUCGAUCACGAUGAGCGCGCCCGCAAGAAGCAGGCCCGUGAGGUCCACCAGCAGUCCAAGGAUGCCCAGAACCUGCGCGGUCUGAGGGCCAAGCUGUACCAGCAGCAGCGCCACAAGGAGAAGAUCCAGAUGCGGAAGCGCAUCAAGGCCCAGGAGGAGAAGAACGUCAAGUCCUCCGCCCCCGAGGAGCCCUCCAAGACGCCCCUGCCCCAGUACCUGCUCGACCGCUCGCAGGCCACCAACGCCAAGGCCCUGUCCAGCGCCAUCAAGGACAAGCGCAACGAGAAGGCCGCCAAGUUCGCCGUCCCCCUGCCCAAGGUCAAGGGUAUCAGUGAGGAGGAGAUGUUCAAGGUCGUCAACACCGGAAAGAAGACGCACAAGAAGUCCUGGAAGCGCAUGAUCACCAAGCCCACCUUCGUCGGCAACGACUUCACUCGUCGGCCCGUCAAGUACGAGCGCUUCAUCCGCCCCAUGGGUCUGCGUUACAAGAAGGCCAAUGUUACGCACCCCGAGCUCGGCGUCACCGUCCAACUCCCCAUCCUGUCCGUCAAGAAGAACCCCCAGAACCCCCUCUACACCCAGCUGGGUGUUUUGACCAAGGGUACCGUGCUCGAAGUCAACGUCUCCGAACUGGGACUCGUCACCACCUCCGGAAAGGUCGUUUGGGGUAAAUAUGCUCAGGUCACCAACAACCCCGAUCUCGACGGUACCGUCAACGCCGUCCUCCUCAACUAAAUCAGUUCAAACCGUUUCUACCCUCCCAUGUCAACGAUCAUGACACCAACGGCUCUUUAACCACCCUUUCCCGUUCUUUCCUAUAAUCUGCGUUGGUUCUGUGCGUUUUUGUUCGUUAUCCUCUCGUUGUGUGUUUGCUUCGAGAUAGAGGAUUUUUAUCAUUGGGUAUGUGAGUGGCGUUAGUGGCGCGCAAAGUGUGCUUCGUUUCAUCUUGAUUGAUCUUUCUGAAAAAGAGAUUCCCGUUAUUCGAAUUGCACCUUAACAUACAUAGUAGCUAGCUAGAUAUACAAAAUCAACCAUUCUCCAAUUGAUGAAUCAA